AUGUAUCACUUGUAUUUUCACAUUAUCACCUUGCUGAAGGUGACAGAUCCUGACGACGUGCCUGCAUUCGUGGCAAAGGACCUGCACAAGCUGCCCCCUGUCACCUUUGAUCACGUCGACGUUACCAGGCUACUCAAGGACAUCAUAUCCUUGAAGACAAGCCUGGCUGAGGUACAGUCGAAGCUGAUGUCAUCCGAAAAUACCAUCGGAGAACUCCGUGCGGAAUUAUUGGCAUUACGCAACACUGUCGUUGUAAGUGGGUCACCAACACUGUGCACCGACGACGCAAACACAUGCCGCGGUGCAGCGAAUGCAUCGGUCAGCAGUUUUGAGUCGGCGAAGGCGCAGGCAUCGCCACGUGCGGGCGCUGCAGUGAGUCACACCGUCGAACGGCUGGCGCCUCCGGCGCAGGCUACGACACGUGUGAGUACGUCGACCCCCAAACGUGCUUACGCUGACAUCGCUGCAAAAGGGGGCAAGCAGGUUCAACAGGUCGAAAAGCCUCACACGGAUCUGCAUCAGGAGGUUCCUAAAAAGAACCAGAAUGUCAAGGAAGGCUUUACCCUUGUCGAAAGAAAGAAGAAGAGGAAGCCUACUUGCCGCAAUCAGUGCGGUACCGCAUUGACAGGACAUAACCAUCUGCUGCGUCCUGCUGUACCAGCGACGCUGCUCUACGUGUCCCGUCUGCAUGACUCCACAAAGGUGGAGGAGAUUGUGGAGUUCAUCAAGAUCAAGGCAAAACUUCAUCUGAAGGUCGAGCAGCUGCACUCUCAACACAGAGUGGACUUCAAGUCCUUUGUGGUCAGGGUGCCGACUGAACAUCUGUCGACCUUAAUGAAGGAGGAGUUUUGGCCGCGAGGGGUAGUCUACCGACGGUUCCGAGGUCGGCUACCGGACACUGCGCGACACACGACGCCGUCUCUUCGUGUGACCUAG